CAGUAACAACAUGAGUCGGCAGGUGGUGAUUUUCACACUGCUCCUGGUUUCGGCGACCGCAGCUGUCCCCGACGUCUCACAGAUCCUGACAUCUGUCGUCGUGAAUCCGUAUGUGGACUGGAAUGGCACUGAGUGCUUGGGAACCAGCCCUGGAGACCGUGUAUGCAACUACAACUGCCAGAAGGUACUGCUCUGCCAAGGGGAAGAACAAGCUAUUGAGUUGCUAACAUGUCAGGCGAACUACGGAUGCGUUCGUGGGGAAUGCGUCGAAGGCGAAUCGGAUUGCGAGGCGAAAAACGACCCCAUCACGUGUACAGGCGUGGGGCUCUUCCCUGACCCUUACGACUGUACCAAGUACCACAUCUGUAAGGCGGAGGGAAACUCCUCCGUGAGAUACUGCGACGACGGCUGGGCUUACAACCCACUUACAGGCGUGUGCAGUGAACAGCUAACGGGCAGCAUAUGCAGCAGCCUUCCCAUCGUGUGCGGCGCCCUAGCCGACACCAAUACAUUUCCUGGAAACCCCAGCAUCUACUACAUCUGUGUCAGCGACGACCGUGGUGAACUUUACCCCUCUUUGUACAGAUGCGCACACGGAGGAAUUUACAACCCGAGCACCUACCAAUGCAGCGAUAGCUCAACAAAUUCGCCAGCGACGAGCUCUUCAUCAUCAUCCUCAGAUGUAAGUUCGUCACCGACUACGACGUCUGUCACGGGAUCUGGCAACCCUUCCUCUGUGCCUCCCAGCACGCCACAGCCCUCGUCUUCGGACACCCCACUUACACCUUCACCCACUGAUUCGUCACCGACAACACCGUCACCUGACGCAACAUCUGGCACACCUCCCACCACACCUGGCAGCACGGCAGGGCCUACAUCUUCAGACACUCCGCCAGCAACGUCUUCAGCCACAGAAUCGUCACAGCCGACAGCGUCGUCCGACACACCUGGCACUCCCCCUACCAUGACAGCCAGCACAGCACAGCCUACAACUCCGGACGUGCCAACAACGCCUUCACUGACGUCCUCUUUGCCCAGCACGACUCCUCCCUCCACUGGCGGCGAGUGUUCCAACCCGCUGGAAAUCGUUCCAGACCCCAGUGACUGCUCCAGCUACUACGAGUGUCUCCCAACGAAUAAGUGGACGCACAUCGAAUGCAUUUAUGGAUAUUACUUCAAUCGAGACGAGAAGAAGUGCCUUUAUGGUUCUUGCCCUUACACUUUGUGGUGAUCCCUACUUCUGGUGAUAAAUCAGAAUAUAUUUCAGAGAGUAAUUCUGGCUCAGUUCUAAUAACUACCUUAACUGUGACACUUGUAUUUCAUUUAGUUAGCUGUCUCAGCCAAGAACAGAAACCAUUGUUAAUGCAUUGAUUUGUAUCAUUAAAAAAAAAAAUAAUUAUGUCCAAUUAUGCAUUAUGUUUUCCUUACACAAACUGGUCUCAGAGGAUCCCCUGCUGGUGUAUUACUACCUUUUGAUGCCUUGAAGUUAUCUUUAUUUUGGUCACUUGAAUUCCUAACAAAAAUUUGUCUCUAGUCCUGAUAAAUGUAACCAAGACAUUUCACACUGUGGUUUAGACGCAGUACUCGUAUUCGCUAGGUCGCUGGUUCAAAUAUCCAUUCCAUCAUCCACAUAUAGGUUUUGAACGCUUUUUCUAAAUAACUUCGAGUGAGUGCCAGGAUUAUUUUUUUAAAAGAUCUUUAAAAGAAGUGGUCGGCCACACCCCAUUCAUCGAAUCUUCUGCGUUUGUAACAAACUCAGCUCGAUUAACUAUUAAAACCUAACGCUUCUUCUUCCACCAAAUCUUAAAAAUGAAGUCAGAAAUUAUGUUCAUCCCUGAUAGUAUUCAGAGAACAACGUAUUGAUGUAAAUUAGAGUAGUUGUUAGAUUGUAGUGAAGAAAAGAGUAAAGUCUCUGAAUGGUAUGUGUAGGGGUACCUGACGGAGCUAUAGAGAGUAAAAGCAGUAGGGGAAGACAUAAAGUGGAAUAAUUUAGCAAUAACUGAGUACAAUUGGUGCUAGUGUCACUCAUAGGUGAAGAGGUUCGCACAGGAAUCAGUCAUAUGAUUCUAUAGAAACUCUCAUUACUACACAUUGACAAAACAAGCUCGUCUCCUCUCAGCCAGUGUUGUUCAUAAUGUGAUCAGUAGUGCACGUAGUGAUCGUGGAUUUACCAGUAGCAUGUAAAUGACCAAAAUCUAUAAAGACUCCAGUAGAAAAAUUGUAACAGAUUUUUAAAUUCAUUUCAUUCAAGCUGUUGAUUGGGUGAAAUACGGAAAACAUGAUAUCUGUUGUAAUAUUGGAUUGCAGGACACUGGACUGUGUGUUACUGCUGCUAAAAUGUUAGUCGUAAUCCUGUCAUAUGUGAUUGUUCCUAUACUAAUAGAAAUGCGUCACAUGCGUGACUGACAUGGAAACAUUCGAAAGUGCUAAUAAACGAACUUGAUGAAACUUGGCGAUUUAUAGAGGGGGCAAAGUAAUGCAAUAUGUAACUUUUGUUUGUGCCAAAUUUCACUUUCAAGGAGAACAGCACAUCCCAAAAUGUGAUUUGGGGUGUUAAGUUUCGAUGGGAUAUCUUCACAACGAUGAAAUGUAAAAAAAAUGUUUCCAUGUAAAAGUUGAUGUGUAAUUAACUUUCUUGAAAACUGUAUAACCAACUUUUGCAAUGAUUUGAAAUUUCGCAAAAUAUCCCACCACUGUUAAUUAAUUUAGAAAACUGAAAACUUUUGUUUCAUCAUAAGCUUUCAAGCCACAUAUAUCUGUGUGUAACAAAGCUUG